UCUUUCUUCAUUCUCUCUUGUAAGUUUUAGAAUCUGAAUCUCUUUGAUUCUAUUUUCUUAUGUUGUUUCUCUGAUAGUUGUCUCGGUGUUUGUAUAUGAAACCUACGUUUGAUUCUUGUUUUUACUUAGACUUCGUUGUGGGGACAAAACACAAAUCCCCUCUACUCAAUAUCUUUCGACUCGAUUUGAUUCGACUUUCCUCAUCUGAUAGUGACUGGUUUGAUGUCGUAUUGCGAUUGAUAUGCUAAAUCGAACAUAUAUUAACUGCAAAAUUAAAAUCAAAUAGUUUAAUAAAAAUUCAAGCGAGUGAGUAACUUUUGUGAUUUGUUGAAAAGUUUGUAACAUCUAGACCUUAAAUCGUUGUUCAAGUCUAAAUCAAGACUUGUUUAGUGAUUUAAUUACAAAAUAUUACUCAUUAGUCCUCUUGUGUUUUGGAGCAUCGAGUGAAGAUCUAAUAUAAGCUUCCAAGCUUGCAUCUUCUCAUUACGCUCCAUAAAUUAAAAAUUUCUCAUCAGUUUUGCAUAUUGGAACAGAUUUUAUUUUGGUUCUUGUUUCCACUUGCUACUUGUGAUGCACAUCUAUCAAUCUUAUGUUUCAAUUUAUAUUAACUCAUUAGUCAUAUGUGUUUUUGGAGCAUCGAGUGAAGAGCUAAUAUAAGCUUUCAAGCUUGCAUCUUCUCAUUACGCUCCAUAAAUGAAAACUUUCUCAUUAGUUUUGCAUAUUGGAACAGCUUUUAUUUUGGUUCUUGUUUCCACUUGCUACUUGUGAUGCACAUCUAUCAAUCUUAUGUUUUAACUUAUAUUACUCAUUAGUCAUAUGUGUUUUUGGAGCAUCGAGUGAAGAGCUAAUAUAAGCUUUCAAGCUUGCAUCUUCUCAUUACGCUCCAUACAUUAAAACUUUCUCAUCAGUUUUGCAUAUUGGAACAGAUUCUCUUUUGGUUCUUGUGCCCAUUUGCUACUUGUGAUGCACAUCAAUCAAUUUUACUUAUUAACUUGUUUUCAUCGUUAUAGAGCUUAUUAUCUAUUAUUUUUGUAACGAUGAUUUAAGUUUCUAACACAUAGGACUUCUUAUUUGCAGACACAGGUGUAUUUAAAAAAUGGCAACCGUUCAAGUUUCUUCCACUAGCAUGACCACCACCAAGGCGGUUCUUAGAAGCCAAUCCACCAACAAGCUCAUCACCAACAAAGUCUCUGUUGGAUCUGUCAAUAAAGUCUCGAGAUCCUUUGGCUUGAAAUGUUCAUCCAACUCUGGUGCCACCAUGUCAGCUGUAUACAAGGUCAAGCUCAUCGGACCCGAUGGUCAAGAAAACGAGUUCGAGGUCCCAGACGACCAGUACAUAUUGGAUGCAGCUGAAGAAGCUGGAGUUGACUUGCCUUACUCUUGCAGAGCCGGUGCGUGUUCCACCUGCGCUGGUCAGAUCAAGAAUGGCCAAGUUGACCAGGGUGAUGGUUCGUUUCUUGAGGAACAUCAUUUGGAGAAAGGUUAUGUCUUGACUUGUGUGGCUUACCCGCAGUCUGACUGUGUGAUUCAUACCCACAAGGAAGAGGAACUCUUCUAAGUCUGGUCUCUAUGUGGUGGUAAUGAUGCAGAUUGUUAUUUUGAGUUAUUAUUAUCAGUUUUAAAGGUGUGCUUUUGUAUGAAAACGUCUCAUGAUAUGCCUUUAUCGUCAACGGGUUGCCACUGGUUAAUAAAAGGGUUUAAGUAACCAAUCUUUCUGGUUUCUAUUGGUUUAUGUGUUGUUCAUCAUCUAUUUUCUCACAAGAAUAUUUUGGUAUUCAAUCUGGGCGAAUUUAAACUAAGUCGGGUUUUGCCCAAAAAAAAAAAAAAAACUAAGUCGGGUCAUUUUUCUUUUAUAACCGGACUGAAAGUUGAACAGGUAAAUUAUCAACAUCUCAUAUCAUUUCAGUUGAUGAGAAUUUUCACAAAACCGAACUCGG